GCUCCCCGCAGCCCCUGACUUCUACGACCAAAGUCGGGACACCCUCCUACCACACGUAGAGAAGCGGGCGUGGAUUUGAAAUAAAAUCCAGGUAUCUGGGGUCCCUAGACAGAGCCAGACUUUGGACCCGGUGUCCUGCUACUCCUGCUGGGGCUCCUCCAGAUGCCAUGGAGCUGGAUCUGUCUCCACCGCAGCUCAGCAGCUCCCCAGAAGACCUGUGCCCAGCCCCUGGGACCCCUCCCGGGACUCCCCCACCCCCUGACACCCCUCUGCCUGGGGAGGUGAAGAGGUCCCAGCCUCUGCCCAUCCCAACCAGCAGGAAACUUCGAGAGGAGGAGCUGCGAGCAAGCUCUCUACCCUCCAUCCCCAACCCCUUCCCCGAGCUCUGCAGCCCUCCUUCACAGGCCCCCAUUCUUGGGGGACCCUCCAGCGCAAGGGGGCUGCUCCCUCGAGACGCCAGCCGCCCCCACCAGGUAGUAAAAGUGUACAGUGAGGACGGGGCCUGCAGGUCUGUGGAGGUGGCCGCGGGUGCCACGGCCCGCCACGUGUGCGAAAUGCUGGUGCAGCGGGCUCACGCCCUGAGCGACGAGACCUGGGGGCUGGUGGAGUGCCACCCCCACCUAGCACUGGAGCGGUGUUUGGAGGACCACGAGUCCGUGGUGGAAGUGCAGGCUGCCUGGCCCGUGGGCGGAGACAGCCGCUUUGUCUUCCGGAAAAACUUUGCCAAGUACGAGCUGUUCAAGAGCUCCCCACACUCCCUGUUCCCAGAAAAGAUGGUGUCCAGCUGUCUUGAUGCACAGACAGAUGUAUCCCACGAAGACCUCAUCCAGAAUUUCCUGAAUGCAGGCAGCUUCCCCGAGAUCCAAGGCUUCCUGCAGCUGCGCGGGUCGGGACGCAAGCUUUGGAAACGCUUCUUCUGCUUCCUGCGCCGGUCUGGCCUCUAUUACUCCACCAAGGGCACCUCCAAGGAUCCGAGGCACCUGCAGUACGUGGCAGACGUGAACGAGUCCAACGUGUACGUGGUGACUCAGGGCCGCAAGCUCUACGGGAUGCCCACGGAAUUCGGCUUCUGUGUCAAGCCCAACAAGCUUCGAAAUGGCCACAAGGGGCUCCGGAUCUUCUGCAGUGAGGACGAGCAGAGCCGUGCCUGCUGGCUGGCUGCCUUCCGCCUCUUCAAGUAUGGGGUGCAGCUAUAUAAGAAUUAUCAGCAGGCACAGUCUCGCCACCUGCGCCCAUCCGGUUUGGGUUCCCCGCCCUUGAGGAGUGUCUCGGAUAAUACCCUGGUGGCCAUGGACUUCUCUGGCCAUGCUGGGCGUGUCAUCGAGAACCCCCGGGAAGCUCUGAGUGCAGCCCUGGAGGAGGCCCAGGCCUGGAGGAAGAAGACGAACCACCGCCUCAGCCUGCCUACGCCAUCCUCUGGCACAAGCCUCAGCGCAGCCAUCCACCGCACCCAGCCCUGGUUCCAUGGGCGCAUUUCCCGCGAGGAGAGCCAGCGGCUCAUUGGACAGCAGGGCCUGGUGGACGGCCUGUUCCUGGUCCGGGACAGUCAGCGGAACCCGCAGGGCUUUGUCCUCUCUUUGUGCCACCUGCAGAAAGUCAAGCACUAUCUCAUCCUGCCGAGCGAGGAGGAGGGCCGCCUGUACUUCAGCAUGGACGAUGGCCAGACCCGCUUCACUGACCUGCUGCAGCUCGUGGAGUUCCACCAGCUGAACCGCGGCAUCCUGCCGUGUGUGCUGCGCCACUGCUGUACCCGCGUGGCCCUCUGACCACUGCCCGAGCCAGUGCGCAUCUCAGCGACUGCAGGCCACCCACGGCCCCGCCACGCACCCAGUGGACUCGGUGUGCGGAAGCUGGGGACGGGAUGGUGGGUAACUGGAGGGCUGCUCACUCAGCCUUCUCUGCUACUCUGCCUCCCUCAGGUAGAAAAUGGCCCCUCACCCGGUGUACCCUUGACACCUGUCCUCCAGGGAAGGCGCUCCGGCGGCCCCUUCCCCUCUCAGAGCUCCUGGGGCACCGCUCUGGGGCAGGGCAUUAUGGGAGAAAUGGGGGCCACCCAGGCAGUCUUAUGCGCCACACUUUGUACAGACUGAGAGGCCAGUUGAUCUGCUCUGUUUUAUACUAGUGACAAUAAAGGUUAUUUUUUGAUA